GUUAGAUAUCUUGCAUCUAGAUAAUUCAGUAUGAGAUUGGGCUGAGUUUGUGUUAAUCCUUAACUUGAUACAGUGAUCCCUCAAUAGUAACGGUAACAUACUUAUUCAAACCCUGUGAAAAUACAUUUAAGAUAUUAUGACAUAUAUGUAAGCAAUUGCUCCUUAUAGACGUGAGUGGCUUACCACAAUCUUUAGACAGAUUACGCCUUCCAUUAUUUUAUUCGAAACUUCAACUUCUUCCCACCAACUUAGGAGUUUUAUUUGAACUUCUAAAAACAUUAUGAUCAUUUGCACUCAAACUUCUAAAAGAUAUAUUCAUCUUCUAAAAGAAAAAGUUUUGACAUUGAAGGAGAUCAUUUUCACUCGCUUUGACUUUUUUUGUUGUUGUUUGGUUUUCUCACUAUGAUCUGCACGGAUUCAAGUCACCAGCGGAUUUCGUUCUCAAGUGAUCUUGGCCAAUCCGAGAUAGCACCACCACCCGUAGUAGAACCAUCCGGCCUCAUCCGAAGAGACGAAACUCUUCUAGAUUCAUCAAACCCAGACUUUGAGUUCCAUAUCUCAAACAACUUUGAUCCAGGAGAUUCCUCACCAGCGGAUGAGAUCUUUGCAGACGGCAUGAUCCUUCCUUUCCAUGUAACCGCAGCUUCCACUGUACCAAAACGUCUCUACAAGUAUGAACUCCCUCCCAUUACCUCCUCCCUUUCUCCAUCCCCUCCCCUGCCACAACCGUUACCCACAAAACACAGCGAGAAGGAAACCAACGGGCGAGCGAGCGGAGCAAACUCUGACUCAGAAGCAGAGAAGUCAUCAAAGUCGUUUUGGAGUUUCAAGAGAAGCUCGAGCCUAAACUGCGACAUAAAGAAGAGUCUGAUCUGUUCGUUUCCUCGGCUCACUAGAAGCAACUCUACAGGUUCGGUUACUAAUUCUAAGAGAGCAAUGCUGAGAGAUGUUAACAACCAUAGGCCCUCUUCUCGGUCCUCUUGCUGCAAUGCGUAUCAGUUCAGACCGCAAAAGCACGCAGGAAAGAAAGGUGAAGGAGGAGGAAGCUUUUCCAUCAUUCCAGUCCUCAACGGUCCAUCAACAUUUGGGUUAGGAUCGAUCUUACGCCAUUCGAAAGAUAAGACGAAGAAGAAGAAGAACAAGAAGUAGAUGAUAUGAGAUGUUCAGAGUUUAUCAGUUAUGUUUCCUCGUUUGAUUGUGUCUGCAAAUUGUUGUGUGAGUUUUUCUCGAACUUUGUACACAUUUUUUUUAGUGUUACUACAACUUUUUUAGGUUGCUUCAAUAUUUCGAAUUGGACACA